AUGGCAACAGCAACAGCGGCAGGUAAAGCACGAUGUGUCACAUGUGGAAAAGAGAAAAGCACAGUUCGAUGUGAUGGAUGUUCUCAACCAUUUUGUAUCAAUCAUUUUGGACAUCAUCGCCAAGAAUUAGACAAACAAUUAGGUGAAAUUGAAGUAAAUCGGGAUCUUUUUCGAAAAACUCUUACAGAUCAAUCAACUAAACCAGAAAAUCUAACAUUAAUGAAACAAAUCGAUGAGUGGGAACAAGAUUCAAUUGCUAAAAUUCGUCAGACAGCAAAUGACGCUAGACAAUUAAUACUACAACAUAGCACUAAAUAUCUGACUGACAUUGAAAUCAAAUUAAACAAAUUAACUGAACAACUACGAGAAAGUCGUGCAGAGAAUGAUUUUUUUGAAGCAGAUCUUCAACGAUGGAAUAAACAAUUAACACAAAUGAACAAAGAAUUAGAUAAACCUUCAACCAUUAAGAUCCAACACGGUUCGACACCGCUAAUCAAUUCAAUUCGUGUUAAUAUAUCAGUCUCAACGCAUUUACCAAAUCUUGGUAUCGAUGCAAAAUGGGUGCAGCAAGGUGUCACAGUAGCUGGUGGCAAUGGACAAGGCAACGCAAAUAAUCAAUUCUCUACUCCGUAUAGCAUGUACAUCGACGAAGAUGAAACUAUGUACAUUGCUGACAGAAACAAUCAUCGCAUUGUUGAAUGGAAACGUGGUGCACCAAAUGGUCAAAUAGUUGCUGGAGAAAAUGGAGCUGGAAACCAAGAUAAUCAAUUGAAUCAUCCAAGAAGUGUCAUAGUCGACAAAGUAAAUGAUUGUUUUAUUAUAUCGGAUACUGAUAAUAGAAGAGUGGUACGAUGGCCUCGUCAGAAUGGCACAAGUGGACAAACAAUUAUCUCGAACAUUACUUGUGUUGGAUUAGCAAUGGAUAAUGAAGGACAUCUCUAUGUUUGUGACCACUAUAAAUAUGAAGUGACACGAUGGAAAAUGGGAGAUACAAAUGGAAUAGUAGUAGCAGGUGGGAAUGGAGAAGGAAAUCAGCUUGACCAGCUGAAAACACCUUGGAGCAUUUUUGUUGAUGGAGACAAUUCAUUGUAUAUAUCAGAAUAUGCAAAUCAUCGCGUGAUGAAAUGGAUGAAAGAUGCAAAGGAAGGUAUUGUAGUCGCUGGUGGUCAAGGUCAAGGAAAUGGACCGACACAAUUGUCGUAUCCUACAGGUGUGGUAGUCGAUCAGUUAGGUAAUGUUUAUGUAGUAGAUAACGGUAAUUCUCGAGUAAUGCGUUGGUGUAGACAUGCUACACAAGGUAGUAUCAUUGUUGGCGACAGCAAACCAGGAGCAGGAGCAAAUCAACUUAGCAGUCCUUUGGAUUUGUCAUUUGAUCAACAAGGGAAUCUUUAUGUCGUCGAUCAUGGCAAUCAUCGAGUACAGAAAUUCAAUAUUGAUUCAACUUAA